AUGGCCGCUGCUCUCCUUAGGCUCAUCACGGUCGCCACCGCCGCGGCAGUCGUGCUUGGCCACGCCGUCGUGCAGGAUCCUACACCGCGUCGUGCCGGCUCAUCUUAUACAGAACGUUGCGGCAGCGUCUAUGCCGAGUUCAUGGAAAAGGAUAGAGCUGGCCCCAUCGAAGACGGGGUCCAAGAAGCCGGCUCCGAGAUAGGCUGCAAUCCUUACCUCUGCCGUGGCUACCAGUAUGAGGACAAUGCCGCGAGUGAAUACAAGCCGGGCCAAGUCAUCGACUUCCACGUUGACCUGAUUGCUGGACAUCGUCCUGGCUAUGCGAACGUGUCCAUAGUUGAUCUAGAAGCGAACAAGAUCAUCGGCAGUCCGUUGCGGUCCUGGGAUACUUGGCCAAAUUCCACGGCAACGACCCGCCGGUCCGACAUCGACUUCAAUGUCACUAUUCCCAGCACGCUUGGCGCGGCUUGCAGCACGGGAGGCAAGUGCGCCAUUCAGUGGUACUGGUAUGCCAUCAAAAACGAGCAGACGUAUGAGAGCUGUGUCGACUUCUAUGUCACGGCGUGA